AUGGAGCAAAUAGAGGAGAUGUUGAUGAAGCUAGUAAGAGGAGUGUAUCCUUGGAUAAGAGCAGAAAAAGCAAAUUGGCCACACCUAAUAGCAAAAUUGCAGAACUAUAAGCCCAAGAUAUAUCACUACAAUGUAGUUUGGCAAAGGCCAGAGAGAGACAAAGUAAAAUACAACACAGAUGGUGCAAGUAAAGGUAACCCUGGAGAUAGUUCCUUUGGAUUUUGCAUUAGAAAUCAUGAAGGUAACUUACUGUAUGCAAAGGCAAAAAGAAUUGGAGUGACAACAAACACAAAGGUUGAAUCAAUGGCAAUCUUGGAGGCUUUGCAGUACUGCAUGGGGAAGGAACUAAUGGGAGUUAUAGUUGGAAAUAGAUUCUUUGAGCCUAAAAAAAUGAUUGAAAAACAGUGGAAGGUACCAUGGGAGAUGGUAGAAAGGAUUGAGGAAAUAAAAGUUCUUGUACACAAGCUACAAGCUACAUUAACUCAUACAUUUAGAGAAGGAAAUUGUGUAGCAGACUCUUUAGCAAAUGAGGUGGUGGAAUCACAAACCACAAAGGAUUUCAGGAGCUACCAAGUUCAAUCAGAAGACAUAUUAAUUUAG